CGGACAGUCAUUUUAGAAUUUUCUCCGACGCAUCAACAUGUCCGGAGUCCAAGGCGCUAGCGUCGGUAUCGAUCUCGGCACGACCUACUCGUGCGUCGGUGUGUGGCAAAACGACCGCGUGGAAAUCAUUGCGAACGACCAGGGGAACCGCACGACCCCGUCGUACGUCGCGUUCACGGACAGCGAACGCCUGAUCGGUGAUGCCGCCAAGAACCAAGUCGCGAUGAACCCGACCAACACGGUGUUCGACGCCAAGCGUUUGAUCGGCCGCAAGUUCAACGACCCUGUGAUCCAAGCCGACAUCAAGCACUGGCCGUUCAAGGUCACCCCCGGUGCGGGCGACAAGCCCCAAAUCACGGUGGAAUUCAAGGGCGAAACCAAGACGUUCCAACCUGAAGAAAUUUCGUCGAUGGUGUUGAUCAAGAUGAAGGAAGUGUCGGAAGCCUACAUUGGGUCGACCGUCAACAACGCUGUCAUCACCGUCCCUGCCUAUUUCAACGAUUCGCAACGUCAAGCGACCAAGGACGCCGGUGCCAUUGCUGGGUUGAAUGUGCUUCGUAUCAUCAACGAACCCACUGCCGCUGCCAUUGCGUACGGUUUGGACAAGAAGGGUGGCGAACGCAAUGUGCUCAUUUUCGAUUUGGGCGGUGGUACCUUUGAUGUGUCGCUGUUGACGAUCGAAGAGGGUAUCUUUGAAGUGAAGGCGACUGCCGGUGACACGCACUUGGGUGGUGAAGACUUCGACAACCGCUUGGUAGACCACUUUACGGCGGAGUUCAAGCGCAAGCACCGCAAGGACAUGACCCAAAACCAACGUGCCCUUCGCCGUCUGCGUACUGCCUGCGAGCGCGCCAAGCGUACCCUGUCGUCGUCGGCACAAGCGUACAUCGAAAUUGACUCGCUGUUCGACGGCAUUGACUUCAACAGCACGAUCACGCGUGCUCGUUUCGAAGACAUGUGCGGCGACUACUUCCGCAAGACAAUGGAACCUGUGGAGAAGGUGUUGCGCGACUCGAAGUUGUCGAAGAGCCAAGUGCACGAAGUGGUGCUUGUCGGUGGUUCGACCCGUAUCCCCAAGGUGCAACAACUGUUGUCGGACUUCUUCAACGGCAAGGAACCGUGCAAGUCGAUCAACCCUGAUGAAGCUGUCGCGUUCGGUGCUACCGUGCAAGCCGCGAUUUUGUCGGGCAACGACAGCUCGGAGAAGUUGCAGGACUUGCUGUUGUUGGACGUGACGCCUUUGUCUCUCGGUUUGGAAACGGCCGGCGGCGUCAUGACGACUUUGAUCCAGCGCAACACGACGGUGCCGACGAAGAAGUCGCAGACGUUUUCGACCUACGCCGACAACCAGCCUGGUGUGUUGAUCCAAGUGUUUGAAGGUGAACGCUCGAUGACGCGCGACAACAACUUGUUGGGCAAGUUUUCGUUGGACGGGAUCCCUCCCAUGCCUCGCGGUGUGCCUCAAGUCGACGUGACUUUCGACAUUGACGCCAACGGUAUCUUGAACGUGUCUGCGAUUGAAAAGUCGACCGGCAAGGAGAACAAGAUUACGAUUACGAACGACAAGGGCCGCUUGACCAAGGACGACAUUGAGCGCAUGGUGCAGGAAGCCGAAAAGUACAAGUCGGAAGACGAAGCCAACAAGGUUCGCAUCGAAGCCAAGAACGGCUUGGAAAACUAUGCGUACAACUUGCGCAACACGCUGAACGACGAAAAGCUCCAAGGCAAGUUGGAUGCCGCGGACAAGAAGACAGUCGACGACAAGGUGACUGAGACCAUUAGCUGGUUGGAUGCGAACCAGUCGGCUGAGAAGGAAGAGUUUGAGGCCAAGCAAAAGGAACUCGAAGGUGUUGCGAACCCGAUCAUGCAAAAGCUGUAUGCGGCGGGCGGUGCACCUGGCGGUCCCGGCGGCAUGCCGGACUUUGGUGCGGGUGGCGCCCCUCCUCCGGCGUCGAGCGCCCAAGGUCCCAAGAUUGAAGAAGUCGAUUAAGCAGUCUGCCCAACUUCUUUCGUACUAUAAUAUCAAGUUGAGGCAUGGAUUGUUCACUGUCGAUGACACAUUGGUGUCCCUGAGAACUCUAGCAUGCGAAUGGCAUGCAUUUCUAACCGAUGGUUCGGUCAUGCAAGCAGCUUGAUGGCAUGACCUGCGGCGAUCAUAGGAACGCCGUGCGCGGCAGUCGCGUUUGAAAAGUGAUGCAGAUGUUGGAUUUUGAACCCUAACUUAGUCGUCGG